GGUGUUGCCAGUCACGUGUGAGUCAUGUGACUCCGUUCCAUGGCGAUGAGGUCAUCAGCGGUGGCUCCUGAUCACGUGAUCACUGCCUACGCGCGGUGGGGACGGGUGCAGAUGGCGGACGCAGAGGCCGAGGCGUCUCCGCGCCCCGAUAUGGAGCGGCCAGUGGUUGCGCUUCGUGCCCGUCUCUGGCAGUUACAGGCGGAGCUGCGUGAGCAGGAGGUGUCGGAGUCUUCGUCUCGGACCUACUGCCGGGGGUUCUGCCAGACAUUAUUACAGAAUGCUGGAAACCGGGGUGCAACCGAACAUAUUUUGCCUUUUUUGGAAGUGUAUCGAAUCUCCAUCCAAAGCUUUGCUAAUGCACGACCAUACUUGACUACGGAAUGUGAAGAUGUCCUUUUGGUACUUGGCAGGCUAGUACUGAGUUGUUUUGAACUACUGCUUUCUGUGCCUGAAAGUGAAUUGCCAUGUGACACAUGGUUAGGAUUCCAUCAGUCUAUACAGGAUUCACAUGAUGCUUUACUGGAAUUUGGGAAUAAUAAUCUCCAAAUAUUGGUUGACAUUACUAGGGAAGGCGUGUGGAAAAAUCCAGUUCUUCUUAAAAUUCUAUCACAGCAGCCAGUAGAAGCAGAAGAAGCCAAUAAAUUGGUUACGCGAGAAGGGCCUUCCUUUCUGCAGAUGCGAGUAAAACACUUGAUGAAGUCAAACUGCAUUCCACAAGCUACUUUCUUGUCAAAAUUCUGUGCAGAUUCUCCAGAAAUUUCAAAUGUAUCAUCUUUUCGCCAAGCCUACAUCACAUGUUUGUGCUCUAUGCUGCCUAAUGAAGACUCUAUUAAAGAGAUUGCAAAAGUGGAUUGCAAAGAAGUACUAGAGAUCAUAUGUAAUUUGGAAUCUGAGGGGCAAGAUAACACUGCGUUUAUUCUUUGUACAACAUACCUCACCCAGCAACUUCAAACUGCAACCGUGUAUUGCUCUUGGGAGCUGACUCUGUUCUGGAGCAAGUUGCAAAGAAGAAUCGAUCCUUCUUUAGAUUCUUUUUUGGAGAGAUGUCGGCAGUUUGGCAUCAUAGCUAAAACGCUACAACACUUAUUCUUCCUGAUUAGAGUGAUACAAUCUGAAGCAGAAGAAGCAGGUCUUGCUGUGUCUAUUUUGUUAUGUGUGAGAGCACUUCAGAUCAGAUCAAAUGGAAAUGAUGAGAUGAAGACAUCUGUAUGUAAAACAAUUGCAUGCCUUUUACCAGUGGAUCUUGAAGUUAGAAGAGCAUGUCAGCUCACUGAGUUUUUGCUCGAGCCAAGUUUGGAUGGAUACAAUGUGCUGGAAGAACUGCAUUUGCAACCAGAUCAGAAAUUUGAUGAAGAAAAUGCACUGGUUCCAAACUCACUCCGUUGUGAGCUUCUGUUAGCUUUAAAAGCAUAUUGGCCAUUUGAUCCUGAAUUUUGGGACUGGAAGACUUUAAAACGGCAUUGUCUUAAACUCUUAGGGAAAGAAGCUUCUGAUUCUGAAGACGAUGUGAGUUGUAAUGAUAUGUCAGUCAAUGAAACUGACUUGUUAGAAACUCUUUUGAGUGAUUGUGACGAGACUAAAGAACAUAAAUACUAUGAAGGAGGAAAAGAGGCAGCAAAUCAAUCUAAAGAGAAAACAAGAGUGAAAAAGCCAAUUGGAUCUUCUGAAAGAUACCAGAGAUGGCUCCAGUACAAAUUCUUCUGUGUGUUAUGCAAAAGAGAAUGUAUAGAGGCUAGAAUACUACAUCAUUCUAAGAUGCACAUGGAAGAUGGUAUUUAUACAUGCCCAGUGUGUACAAAAAAGUUCAAGAGAAAGGAAUUUUUUGUACCACAUGUAAUGGAGCAUGUUAAAAUGCCACCUAGUAGAACAUACCGACCAAAAAAGAAAAUACUGUUGAAAAAAGAGAGAUCACCACAAAAGACUAGUACAUCCAGAAACUCUUCUGCAUCACCAGAGGAAAAGCAGCAGCAACCACAACCAUCUGAAAAAAACAAAAGUGACACACAUGAAUAUGUCACAUUUAGCCAAUUAGAAAAUUGCCAUCUGCAAGACAGAGACAUAUAUCCAUGUCCUGGCACAGACUGCUCUAGAGUAUUUAAGCAAUUUAAAUAUUUAAGUGUACAUCUAAAGGCUGAACAUCAAAACAAUGAUGAAAAUGCAAAACACUACUUGGAUAUGAAAAACAGAAGAGAGAAGUGUGCUUUUUGCCGACGUCACUUCAUGACAUCCUUUCAUCUGCAGGACCAUGAACGAGUGCACUGUGGUCCUCAGCCUUACAUGUGUGUGUCUAUGGAUUGUUAUGCUAGAUUUGGAUCAGUUAAUGAAUUAUUAAAUCACAAACAAAUGCAUGAAGAUCUACGUUAUAAGUGUGAAUUAAAUGGCUGCAACAUAGUUUUCAGUGACUUGGGGCAGCUUUACCACCAUGAAGCUCAGCAUUUUAGGGAUGCAUCAUACACAUGUAACUUUCUUGGUUGCAAAAAGUUCUAUUAUUCAAAAACAGAAUUUCAGAAUCACCUUGCAAUGCAUAAUAUUGCAAUAGCAAAUGGAGAAGUGAAGGAGACGUCAGUUAAACUUGAAGAGCCUAUUUCAAAAGACAGAUGCAGUUAUCUUCCUGAGUCUCAACUGGUUGAUCAAGUAGAUAAUUUUAGUCCAUAUGAAAAUCUUACUUUGUCUGUGGGGUCAACAAGUUCUCAAGAAAUCCUACAAAUUAAGGAAGAACCUGUCUCUGACAAUGACGAAACUGAUAGUGAAAGCAACUGUAGUGUUUAUUUUGGGAGCCACAGAACCUCUACUGUAGUAACCAAAAAGCAGGUAUCCCCUUUGAUAGAAACAAUAACUCAGAAUCAAACAAUUCCUAGUAGUCUAAUAUCCCAACAGGGAGUCUUUCACCCUUCCGGUUUAAAAGAACAGUGCUCCCAUGUGGCAGUUUGUUUUGAUGGGAAAAAAAUUACCUGUGGUUUUGAAGGAUGUAGUUCAACAUACAAAAAUGCCAGAGGUAUGCAAAAACAUCUUCGAAGGGCUCAUCCAUACCAUUUCAAACCUAAAAAAAAGAUGGGGAUCAAAGCUAAAGAUAUUUUUAAUCUAAUCAAUGAUAGUCAAAACAGCAGAACUACUGGAGAUCUUAGUGCAGAUCUUAGGCAUAAUUCUGAUACGAAUACUGACUCUCCAGAAAGUCUGUAUUGUAAUACAAAUUCUAAAGGAAAAAAUUGUCUCAAGGAAGAAAUUUGUUCUUCCCCAGAUACUUCCUUUUAUGAAGAUUCUAAGGUGCCAAAUACUGAAGAUGCCAUGUUGGAACUUCUGUUGGGCUUGAAACAUUUAAGUUUAAAGUCUAACUUUACUGCAAAUUCUUCCACUUCAACACACAAGCCUUUUUUAGGGUCAUUACAGUCAUAUCCAUCAAAUGAUGCCAAGUGUCCUCAAUCAGUUGUCAAUGAAACUACCUCAGAACUUCAUUUUCAAGAGCAACAAGACAACUUACCUACACAGUAUCUCACUCAACUGGCAGCUAAACCAUUUUUCUGUGAACGGCAAGGUUGUAAAUAUGAGUUUGUGACCAGAGAAGCUCUCUUAAUGCAUUAUGUUAAAAAACAUAAUUAUUCCAAGGAAAAAGUUCUUCAGUUAAAUAUGUUUCAACAUCGGUAUUCACCAUUUAAAUGCCAUAUUUGUCAAAGAUCAUUUACAAGAAAAACACACCUUAGAAUUCAUUAUAGAAACAAACAUCAGAUUGGCAAUGAGAAGAUAACUCACAAGCUGUUUGCUAAUGAAAAAUGUGAGCACAUAGGUGCAUGUGCAGAGGGCAAGCUAAAAAAUAAUGCAGCUUCAAUGCCUGGUUGCUGUACUAAUAGAGAUGAAGAGCAUACUGAACAACCUGAGCAAUCUACUGAGCAGCUGUGCCACCCGAAGAAGGAAGAGUGUAGUUCUGAAACUGAUUUGGAGUCCAGUGAAGACACAGAUAGUAAUGUAACUGGAAGACCCUCUAAAAUAUCCUCUCUAAACAGCCACAGGGAAGAAUUGGAAUCAAGAGAGGGGAGAGGAAGUAAAAGAACAGUUGCCAAAGGAAAUUUAUGUUAUAUAUUGCAUAAGUACCACAAACCAUUCCAUUGUAUUCAUAAAAGUUGCAACUCUGCCUUUACCAAUCAGAAAGGCUUGAUUCGUCACUAUAGAACUGUACAUCAGUAUAACAAAGAGCAGCUUUGUUUGGAAAAGGACAAAGCAAGAACAAAAAGGGAACUUGUCAAAUGUAAAAAAAUAUUUGCAUGCAAAUACAAAGAAUGUAGUAAACGCUUUUUAUGUUCUAAGGCUCUUGCUAAGCAUUGCAGUGACUUUCAUAACCUUGAUCAGUUAGAGGAUCAAAAAGUGCUUUCUGAAACUGAAUCUGCAAGAUUUCGAUGUAACCAGCCUCAAUGCCCUGCUGUAUUUCAUACUUUUAACAAGCUAAAACAUCACUUGAUAGAACAGCAUGCUAGUGAAGAAGAACUAAACAAAGACUUUGAAAUUCAUUGUGACCUUAAUGGCUGUGAUAGGAUUUUCACAAAUUACAGCCAUUACUCUCAACAUGUAUAUUUCCGCCAUAGUGAGUAUUAUGGUAGUCUCUUUGGAAGUCAUAAAGAGGAGCAAGAUAAUCUGCUUAAUGAUAAAAAUGAACAAGACUGUUUGAAAGAUCAGUAUGAUAUAAAUGAGAAUGAGAAGCAGAUAAAAGAAAAAUCUAAGAAAAUUGGUAAAAAUAAAGAAAAACAUUUGAUUAAUUUUAAAACAAAGGAGGAAGCCCUGAAAAUGUGCAGAGAGCAAUCUAACCAGACUCAGUACCCUUGCAUGGUUCAAGGGUGUCUGUCUGUAGUAAAAUUGGAAAGCAGUAUUGUGAGGCAUUAUAAACGCACACAUCAGAUGACCAAUAUUUAUAUAGAACAACAGACUGAGAAACUGGUAGUUUGUGUUAAAAGUGGUACAAUGGUUAAAAAGGAACCCUCUUCGGAAACAGAGCUAUUGUUAAAUAAAGAGGAAGCCAGAGAGUUUAAAAAGGAAAAUACAGUGCACACAGACAACCUGCAUGAAAAUGGAAAACAUUGUGUACCAAACACUGCUUAUGAUCAUCAAGAUACAGGCAAUGAAAAUCAAAAUAGGAGUGCAGCAAAUAGUGUGGUUUUUGACAGGGGUGCUUUUUUGUAUUCAGGCACCUUAAAAUAUAACCAUAGUUCAAAAACCAGUUGUUUUGAAGAAUGUAGUAUAACAGAGCCUUUGUGUAAAACUGAAGGUUUGCCUGAAAGUAGAGAAAACAGUUCUUAUUUUAACAGUUUACCUUUGCAGUUACCAAGGGAGAAAGAGACAGAAGGCUGGCAACACAGCAAUCAGAAUGCUAAAAAAAAUUCACUCCACACCACAAGAAACAAGUUUCAGAAGCAUUCAGUGUCCAGACCAUUUGAUUUAAAGGCAUAUAAACCAAUGGGAUUUGAAUCUUCAUUUCUAAAAUUUAUUCAGGAAAGUGAGGAAAAAGAUGAUGAUGAUGAUGAAGAACUAGAUGAAUGGGAGUCCCCAGAACAAUUUCAAAUAGGUGGUGUCUUACAAAAAGAUAGAGACUUACAAAGGGGUGUGAUAGACAGCCUUGUGUGUGAAAACACAGAAGUAAGCAUACCCCAAAAUCAUGGACCUACAGUGCAUGGGCAGCUAACAGAAAUACAGCCUUUAUUAUCAACGGAGUCGACAUCUGUCCCUUCUUUAGAAAACUUGAGGGCCAUAUUGGACAAGGCACUAACAGACUGUGGAGACCUUGCCUUAAAACAGCUCCAUUAUUUACGACCAGUAGUUGUCCUUGAGAGAUCCAGAUUUUCCACACCCCUUAUAGACUUAUUUCCAACAAAAAAGUCAGAUGAACUUUGUGUAGGAAGUACAUAAGUAGUUUGUUUAGAAACUGGCUUCUCCACUACUGCUACAUGGGGAGAAUUGCAAAUAUUACAGAAACUGGUACAGUACACACACUGUUUAGGUUAGAUUAGGCUGUUUUAAUUCCAUGAAUGUGUCUGUCAAAAAGUAUUAGCUAAGUUAAUUUAGCUCCCCGGUUUCAUUUUUUUUAAAUGAAAUGUGCUGUUUUUGGUGCUAAUUAACACCUCAGAAUACUGGGGGCUUCCUCUUGCAAAGUAAGUGUGCAUGAUUAUAUAUGAAACAAGUACUAGGGUACCAGGGUUUGGGGAAAGAUGGAGUUCUUACUUGACUUGAAUGUGCACCUAAGGGUGCGUUGUGUAACAUAUUGUACACUACAGCAUCUUAUAUUUUUUGAGUUAUGAGUUUCAAUAAACUACAAUUUUUCACCCGUA